CAAUGGCAGAGAAACCUGGCGAUGAACACGUCCACUUCACGCAGUGGGCGUUAUCCAAGGGGAUUGAGAUUGAUGGCGUCGCGCCCGCCAAAUUCCCUGGUCGCGGUCUAGGAAUGGUGGCUACGAGAACAAUCCAAGAAAAUGAGCACAUCAUCGUGGUUCCUGUGAGGGUGAUGUUGACCAUUGACUCCGUCCCUGAGCAAUUCGUCAAGCAAUUCCCAAAUGGCACAUCUAUCCAUGCAAUUCUAGCCGCAUUUCUCACUCAUGGAGAUGCUGAAGAGCUUCAAAAAUGGGACGUAUGGCGCAAGGUCUGGCCGUCGCGGGAGAGCUUCGCGGAUAGCAUGCCUGUCCUGUGGCCUGAACAUCUCCAAGCAUCCAGCUUCAAGACAGAACAUCCUGUUCUUUUACCACCCGCUGCUUCUGGAGUGUGGAAUUCAAUUCCCAACUCAGAUUUCGAAUAUGAUGCAACUUAUCAGAAGAUUCUCCCAGACCAACAAAAACGACUACAUGGAGCCUGGGAGAGUGUCCUUUGUGUGUUUCCCGACACAGACUGGGAUGCUUUCUCCUACCACUGGCUCAUUAUCAAUUCGAGGAGUUUCUUCUAUGUGACGCCUGGGAAACCACAUCCUGAAGAUUGGAAUGAUGCAGUGGGAUUGGUUCCUUUUGCAGAUUAUUUCAAUCAUGCUGAUGAUCCGCAAGGCGAGGUCAGCUACGACCAAGAUCAGUAUACGAUCAAGAUAAAUCGACAAAUUGAAAAGGGCGAGGAGGUAUAUCUUAGCUACGGAUCGCAUUCGAAUGAUUUCCUUUUCAUUGAAUAUGGCUUUUUCCUCGAUGAUAACCCGUCAGAUUCCAUAUAUCUCGACGACAUCAUCUUCCACGACCUCACCAAAGCCGAUCAACAUGAGUUAAAGCUUCGGGACUGCUACGGGGACUAUCAAAUCACACCUUCUGGCGCCAAUUCCCGCCUCGAGUCCGUUGCCUGCAUGAAAUACAUGGAUCGCAGAGACUGGCAGAAGUACAUCCAGGGCCGAUCAAAGAAGGGCAUAAAUGCUCAACAAACGGCAGAGAUUAUCUGUGGCUGGAUUGAAGUUUACCUGGAAGAGAGCAAUGUGGCCAUCGAGAAGAUUGAAGCUAUGCUGCCUCAAAACCAGGAUGGAAAGGUGUCUAUGAUACUGAGCAGAUGGAUCCAGAUUAAACGUUUGUGUGAGGAUGCAUUGAGUGGUAUUUGCUCACAUAAUGAUGAUACCAAUUGAGCUUGUUACGUCUGUAUGAUUAAAUGUAUAGAGUCAAGGAAUGAACAUGUUAUACUGAUGUCUUGAAUUGUGGGUUCUUGUUAAUCUGGUGACCGAGGAAAGACAACCCAUGGUUCAGCUCAUCGCUAGAUAUUUCCGAUACUGCAGCUGUAAGAAUGACGUUGA